AGCCCAAGGGCCUGACGGGAAUGCUAUUGGUCCUCCUACUGGAAAUGCGUGGAUCAAUAUGUACCCUAAAGGCCUACAUGAUAUCCUUAUGACCAUGAAGAACAAGUAUGGAAACCCACCCAUAUACAUCACUGAGAACGGGAUAGGGGACAUUGACAAGGGCGAUCUACCCAAAGCAGUUGCGUUGGAAGACCACACAAGGCUAGAUUACAUCCAGCGCCACCUCUCAGUUCUUAAACAAUCGAUAGACUUGGGAGCAGACGUGCGCGGCUACUUCGCGUGGUCUCUGCUGGACAACUUCGAAUGGUCCAGCGGCUACACCGAGCGUUACGGCAUCGUCUACCUCGAUCGUGAGAAUGGCUGCGAGCGAACCAUGAAGCGAUCAGCCAGGUGGUUCCAGGAGUUCAAUGGAGCUGCCAAGAAGGUUGAAAAUAACAAGAUUCUUACGCCGGCCGGCCAGCUUAACUAAUUAAGUAGAACACGUACUGCUGCUGGCUGAUGUAUGGUAUGGUGGCACUGUGUCCUCUGUGCAUGCCUGUGUUGUU